CUACGAUGGUUUCCCUCAGCAGGUACGCAGCUGUAGGGCUGCCCUGCUCUCCUUUCACCAACUUGCUCGAGAAACCAAAGCCUAAGUAUUAAAAAGGAAAUAGAAUUGAAAGAGAGAAAAAUACGGAUGUGGUCAGACCUGGUUUCUGUACUAGCUCACACCUAGGCUGUUAUGCUGGCUGAUACCUUGCCCCUGAGCUCAGAUGUGCUGCAGCACCUGGUCUGACUUCUGUUCGCUCCCCACUCUUCGCUUGGAAUUUUGCCUUUCAUACUUGCCAGAAGGUUGAGGAGUCUUUUUGGAGGUUCAUGAACCACCCAGCUCCAGCAAACAGCCGCUACAAACCCACUUGCUAUGAACAUGCUGCUAACUGUUACACACAUGCAUUCCUCAUUGUUCCUGCGAUUGUGGGUAGUGCCCUUCUCCACCGGCUUUCUGAUGAUCGAUGGGAAAAGAUAACAGCAUGGAUGUAUGGCAUGGGGCUCUGUGCGCUCUUCAUUGUCUCCACAGUAUUUCAUAUCGUUUCUUGGAAAAAGAGUCACUUAAGGACCAUGGAGCAUUGCUUUCACAUGUGUGACAGAAUGAUGAUCUAUGUCUUUAUUGCGGCAUCAUAUGCACCAUGGUUAAAUCUACGUGAGCUUGGGCCUCUAGCAUCUCACAUGCGUUGGUUUAUCUGGUUGAUGGCUGCUGGAGGAACCAUUUAUGUAUUUCUCUACCAUGAAAAGUAUAAGAUUGUUGAACUCUUUUUCUAUUUAGCGAUGGGAUUUUCUCCUGCUCUGGUAGUGACAUCCAUGAGCAACACCGAUGGACUUCAGGAGGUUGCCUGGGGAGGCUUGAUAUAUUGUCUGGGUGUGGUGUUCUUCAAGAGCGAUGGAGUCAUUCCGUUUGCCCAUGCCAUCUGGCACAUAUUUGUGGCCACAGCAGCUGCUGUUCAUUACUAUGCCAUUUGGAAGUACCUUUACAGAAGUCCUGCAGACAUAAUUCGUCACUUAUGAGAUAUAUAUAUAAAAAAAAAAAAUCUGCACUUGGCCUCUGUAACAGUAUUAUUUGACUUAAGGAAUUCGGGGAAAUUGGAAAAUUGCACAGAAAAACUGCACUGACUUUGAUAGUUCUCUGAACACAAUUACUGUGAACUGAUGAUGUAUGUGUCCUGCAAUUGCCCAUCAUACGGCAAGUGCUGUAAAUAACCAAGAUACUGUACUGCAGUACCAAGAAUCCAUUCCAUGUUAGUAGAACUGGCUACCUGAUGUUUACAAAUAAAUUUUGUAUUCUAGUUUAAUUUUACAAUUUUUAACUAUGUGAAUUUUUCUAAAUUAGUGAUUCAAAUGGUGAAGUCAGUGCAAUAGCAAAAAUGUAACUCUCUUGAAUUGAAAUUGCUUUCUAUCACCUUUCCACUAGUCAUUUAUUAAACAUGAAUCACAGACAAAUAAUCUACUUUUACCACUCAUUAUCUUGGUAUAACGUGACUUUUAUAGAAACUUUUUGUGUUUUUUGUAAACUUUAAAAGUACAUUUAUUGAACUGAAAACACACAACUGUCAUCUAUGCAGUUACUCAUGUUGCAAAAUCUUGCAAGAAAUAGUUACAUUCCACAUACUGUACUGACAAGCAAACAUUGUACCUCUUCCAAAGGUUGUAUUACAAGUGUAAUUGUAAUAACCACUUUUAUGAGCUAAAAUCUAAAUGUGAUUCUGCUGAGUUUUAACGUGAUAGUAUUCUGCUCAUCUAUAGUACCACUUAAACAGCACCUUAAUUUGGCUUUAUCCAUGAUGGAAAUGAAGUGCUUUAAAAGAAAUAGUUAACGUGAUUUUUCUCCUCAAGAUUCCCAAUUCUGCUCCGUGCUGCCCAGCCAGGCAGCAGUUUGGAUGAAAGCUGACUUAUCGAGGGUUGGCAGUAUUAAGGAAGAUGGACAGCUAAUAUCCCGCUAUCCAUACCAGAGAGUCAGUCUUUUCUCCAGAAUCUGUACACACAUAUCGGUGCUGUAAUAUUAAGGCUUGGAUUUUCAAAGGGAUUUAAAUUGGCCAACAGAACCUGUUCCCACCAAUUUUCGUUGGGGCUGUUCUGUUGGGAACUCCUGGUCAGAGCAGCAGGUACAGAGCAAUCGCUGACCACUUUGAAUUCAAGGUUAUUGGUUCUUCACAAGAACAGCCUUUCAGGGAGGAGAGCUUGAAGAACUUCCUGUGGUGUCCCUUGUCAUGUUGGGACUUAACACAGAGUAAAACUGGUCUUUAAUUGUAUUGCUGUCUUUCUGUACAGGAAAACCAAAUGUGGUAGCAAGUCAUGAUUGUAGAACACGUGCAUUAAAUGACCAGAUGUAGAAGAGUCAUUGUAAUUCUGUUUGUCCACUAAUUGUAUCCUGUCCCACUAUAUAAUGAAUGUCUUAUAUUAAGAUUGACUUUAUCCUUUUUCUAAUUUACUCAGUUUUUCAUGUCAGUAUUUAAAAACAAAACCAAAACGUGUUGCCUUUUUCAGAUCUUGUUCUGGAUAUUGCCUGUCUGCAAACAAUAAGUAGCAAGAUAGGGAUGUUUUUCAAGGUACCGUUUAAUACUGCACCUAAAUUUGCCAGUGGGUUGCAUAUUUUAGAAUAUAUACAUUUAUAUACGGAAUUUACAGGAGGGACAAACUUUAAUUUCAAGGCAUUGAAGAAUUGCUGUACGGUGUUAGGAGGUGAUUGGAGAAAUGGCACCACUACGGCAGACUAGUUAACUGCCUCAAAAGAGAACAAAUGGAACAACUGGGCGGGUAAUUCCUAGUACAACAGUCUCACACAUCUGGAUGCCUCAGUUUUUUUAACAUUGUGUCUAUUUUAAUAUUUUCCACUUUUUGUGAGUUCAUAUAUUUUGUUUAAAUGCAGUACUGUUAAAACCACUAAAAUACAUAUAGAAGUUUUCUGUAGUCAAAAGUGAAACUGUUGCUUGAAUAUGUUUGUUUUAAUUUUAAGUUAAUUUUUCAUGGCAUUGCUUUUUGGAGUGUUUGAAAUGGUUUUUAAAAAAUUUCAAUUCGCCAAAAAUAUUUUGAAUUACUGUAUUCUAGUCAAUAUGAUAUUGAAUGUACUAGACUAACAAUAAACAUUUUGUGCAAUUUGGAAA